GACCUGAACUGGUUAAUCAGUGAUUAUUGAAAAAAUGUUAGCAGAAAUUACAAGGUACACAAAUCUUCAUGAGGACAUAUUUAUGUAAGAUAUCCAUUUCACGCUGCAGCUUGAUGAGUUCUUGCACUUGAACAUGGUUUUAUUGUGCGUCUUUGAUCUGAAGGUGGUCAAAGUGAAACUACUGGCACUGUGAUCAUUUAUACCUCCCAGUAUCGUAAAGUAUUGUUAAACCAGGAAGUUGCGACAGAGAGCAGAUAAAACAAACAUCAAUAUCGCCCUAUAAAACAACUUCAUAAUGACAAUGUAAAAUCUUAAAACAGUGUUAAACAAGUGGGCCUCUGUAACCAAUUUUACAACAGUGAAACAAAAUGCACAUAUGUAAAUGUAAUUGUAAUUUAAUGUGUUUACAUUUUAGGAUAUGCUACUGUGAGGAAAUGUGGGUAAACAAACGUGACUGGACUCUGCUCAGUCCCAUUUUUGACACUAUUCCACAGAUGUUUCGAGUUUUCAAAAGCUUUGAGAACAGCUGCUUUUCAAGCCUCUUGAAUCAUGCUGACUUUUCUUUGGAAAUUCACUGUCACCUGCUGUUUACUUAAUUAUGUGAAUCCUGAAGACAAUCGGGAUAUACCAGCCAUCGCCAAAUAUUUCAACACCAAAGGAAGGUACGAGGAAGUGAACCCAUAUUUCAUAGAGGACAUACUUUCUGUAAAUAAAUCUGUUUUACAGCCUCCAUCUGCACAAUGUCAAGAAAUUCACCUGACUGCAAUAAUAAGACACGGCACAAGAUACCCAACCACCAAAAACAUCAAGGAGAUGCAGCAGAUCUACAACAUCGUCCGGCACAAUGCCUCAGGCGAACAGAGAUGGCUACGUGAGAUCCAGACCCAGUGGACGAUGUGGUACACUGAGGACAUGGAUGGCAGACUCGUCCAGAAAGGAGUGAACGAUCACAAGCAUCUGGCCGUGAGGCUGUCAAAGCUGUUCCCCUCACUGAUUUCAGAGGAGAAGCUCCGAGGUGGAUUCAUCAAAUUCAUAACCAGCUCAAAGCACAGAUGUGUCAACAGCACACUGUCCUUCAAGGCAGGACUGACAAAGCUGUGGGGUAUUACAGAUCAGGAGUUUGACCAUACAGUAAACGAUGCUCUCAUGAGGUUUUUUGACAAGUGCACCAAGUUUGUGGAGGAAGUUGACAACAACUCUUCAGCUUUGGUAGAGGUGGACAAGUUCAAGCAGGGACCAGAGAUGAGGAGGGUCCAGGAGAAGAUCGCAGACCGCCUCGGAGUCCCAUACAGUCUCAUCACACACGUUAUGACCGAGGCUGCAUUUUACUUGUGCGCUUAUGAAUUUGCAAUCAAGGCAGUGAACUCCCCCUGGUGUCAGCUCUUUGACGAGGACGAUGCAAAGGUUAUGGAGUAUGCAAGUGACCUGAGGGAAUUCUGGAAAAGAGGCUACGGUCAUGAUAUUAACAGCAAGUCAAGCUGCAUGCUCUUUCAUGAUCUGUUUAGCCGGCUGAACACGGCAGCUCGUGAAAACAAGUCCGGCCAGCAGGUGGCCGAAGCUGUGACAAUCCAGGUGGGCCAUGCGGACACACUCCUGCCACUGCUUACCCUCCUGGGCUUCUUCAAGGACAGUGAUCCCCUGACAUCCACCAACUACGCUUCACAGACCGGACGUUCCUUCCGCACCAGCUACAUGUUACCCUAUGCAGCUAACUUAGUCCUGGUGCUGUAUGAUUGUGGAGGAGGUGACCUGAGACUGCAGCCGCUGCUCAACGAGAAGCCUGUGGCUUUCCCCGGUUUGACUGACCAGAAGGACCCCAUGCCGCUCUAUCAGGAUGUCAAAGAUCACUACAGGGAACUGCUCCGAGGCUGUGACUUUGAGACUGUGUGUCAGCUUUUUAAGCAUACUGCUGAAGUUUAGGCAGACGUAGCAGAUUCUGGAAAAGAAGGUUUUAUUGUGUUUUAUUUGCAAAAUGGAGUGAUAUGAUGGCCCUUAAUGGGAUCAUCUGAUCAGUCUGAACAUUUCCCCUGCAUAAACCAUGAACAUAUCAGUUUGCAUUUUUCACUUCCUUUAUACCUGAGAAAAUGUGUAUUGGUAUCUCUGAAACAUGCUAUGAUCCCAGCCUUUGAAUUUAACUUCAAGUUUACCUAAACCAUUACAGUGUUACAACUUUUGUAUUGCUCAUUUGCGAGGUUUCUUUUCAUCAACAGAAAAGCAAUUAAAGAAUGUAUUUUUGCUGUGUGCACA